UUGAAAUAGAAUGUUACCUUUUUAAUAAGAUAUGCCCACAUUAAUUAAUAGAAAUCUCUAAUGAUCAUCUUAAACUUGAGCAUUGUAAUAUAUAAACCUUAGACUAUUCAAGAAAAUCCCAUCACUUUCCUCUCAUUUCCUUAAUCAUGGCAUCACAUAGUCUUCUUUUUCUAAUCUCAUGCAUUCUAUUGUUAAUCACACAAACAAUUUCACAUUCAAACAUAAACAAAUUCCUAGAGUGUCUUCCAAACCAUUCAAAAAGCUUAAUUCCAAUUUCUCAAGCUAUCUACCAUAGAAAUGAUGCAUCAUUUUCAUAUGUUCUUCAAUCAUACAUACGAAACGAAAGAUUUAACAAAUCAACCACACCAAAACCUCUAGCUAUUAUUGCAGCCUUAGAUGAAUCUCAUGUUCAAGCCACAAUUAUAUGCACCAAAGCUCAUGGUUUAAACCUUAGGAUAAGAAGUGGUGGACAUGAUUAUGAAGGUUUAUCAUAUGUAUCACCUGAAUCUUUUAUCUUGCUCGACAUGUUUAAUCUUCGAGACAUCAAAAUCGAUGUAACAAGCGAGACAGCAUGGGCAGAAGCUGGAGCUACACUUGGUGAACUCUACUAUAACAUCGCAAACUUAAGCAAUAAACUUGCAUUCCCUGCUGGAGUAUCUCCUACACUUGGACUAGGUGGGCAUAUUAGCGGAGGUGGUUACGGUAAUCUAAUGAGAAAAUUUGGGCUUUCGAGUGAUAAUGUCAUUGAUGCUAAGGUUGUCGAUGCAAAUGGCAAGAUUCUUGAUAGAGAAUCCAUGGGAAAGGACUUAUUUUGGGCCAUACAAGGUGGUGGAGCGUCAAGUUUUUGUGUGGUACUUGCAUGGAAACUUAAAUUGGUACGAGUUCCGGAACUUGUCACGGUAUUUAAUGUAAGAAGGACACUUGAACAAGGGGUGACAGACAUUUUGUACCAAUGGCAAAUGGUGGUACCUAAAAUCGAUCCAAAUUUGUUCAUCAGGGCGAUGCCUCAUGUUAUAAAUGGGAGUCGAGAGAGUAAUAAUAAGACGAUAGAAGUCACUUUUAUUGCUCUAUAUCUCGGAAGGGCUAAUCAACUUGUAAAUUUGGUUAGUAAAUCAUUCCCAUUAUUAGGUUUGCAAUUUCAAGAUUGCAUUGAAAUGCCUUGGAUUAAAACAAUCCUACAUUGGUAUGGUUUCCCUAAAGAUGCCUCGAUUCGAGUUUUGCUCAGUAGAACACCUAUGACUCAAUAUUACGGCAAGUUUAGGUCAGAUUAUGUACAACAACCGAUUCCAAAAGAAGGGUUAGAAGCAAUAUGGAAGAAAAUGAUUACUUUAGAAGUCAUGUUCAUGCAAUUUAAUCCAUAUGGAGGAAAAAUGAGUGAAAUACUUGAAACUAAAACUCCAUUUCCUCAUAGAGCUAGAAAUUUGUUCAAGAUUCAGUACAAUGCAAUGUGGUAUGAAGAUGGGGAAGAAAUAGCUAGAAGUUACUUAAAUGCAUCUAAAGAACUUUAUGAUACUUUGGCUCCAUAUGUUUCUAAGAAUCCAAGGGAACAUUUCUUGAACUAUAGGGAUAUUGAGAUUGGUACUAAUAAGAAUGGAAAUACUAGUUUUGGUUUUCAGUACUUCAAAUGGAAUUUGCCAAGGUUGUUGGUUACUAAAGCUAAAGUUGAUCCUGAUAAUUUUUUUAGAUUUGAGCAGAGUAUUCCUGUCGUUUCUAGACUUGUUUGAAUGUAAUAAAUAUGUCAAUGAUCUGAAUUAUUGACGAUGUAAGCUUUGAAUUGACUAUAUAUAUAAGGAUUCUGAUGUUGUCUC